UCUCAUUGGAAAUAAUUGAGUGGGCUUUUUCUAUUCUUUUUCUGCCUUACUGGUCUAUAUAUAGGACACCUCGAGCGUCACAUGCUCAGUACUCUCAGCCAUAUUCCUUCUCCUCUAUUAUCUUCUUCUCUUUUGUCCAAGCUUCACUAUCAAAUUCAAGAAUGGGAAGUACUGAUGGAACCAGUUAUGGCUCGUACACCUAUGAGAACCUUGAGAGAGAACCUUACUGGCCAUCAGAGAAGCUCCGCAUUUCUAUCACUGGUGCAGGUGGAUUUAUUGCCUCUCACAUUGCUCGGCGUUUGAAGAGUGAGGGCCAUUAUAUUAUAGCUUCUGACUGGAAGAGGAAUGAGCACAUGACAGAAGAUAUGUUCUGUCAUGAGUUCCAUCUAGUGGAUCUUAGGGUGAUGGAUAAUUGCCUGAAGGUCACUUUAGGAGUUGACCAUGUCUUCAACCUUGCUGCUGAUAUGGGUGGCAUGGGCUUCAUCCAGUCCAACCACUCGGUUAUCAUGUAUAACAACACGAUGAUUAGUUUCAACAUGCUUGAGGCUGGUAGGAUCAAUGGAGUCAAGAGGUUCUUCUAUGCCUCUAGUGCUUGCAUCUAUCCUGAAUUUAAGCAACUGGACACUAAUGUGAGCUUGAAGGAGGCAGACGCAUGGCCUGCGGAGCCUCAAGAUGCUUAUGGCUUGGAGAAACUUGCAACAGAAGAGCUGUGCAAGCACUACACCAAAGAUUUCGGAAUUGAAUGUCGGAUUGGAAGGUUCCAUAACAUUUAUGGUCCUUUUGGAACAUGGAAAGGUGGGAGAGAAAAGGCUCCUGCUGCUUUUUGCAGGAAAGCUCUUACUUCUACCGAUAAGUUUGAGAUGUGGGGUGAUGGACUUCAAACCCGAUCUUUUACCUUCAUUGAUGAGUGUGUUGAAGGUGUGCUGAGGUUGACAAAGUCAGACUUCCGGGAGCCAGUGAACAUUGGAAGUGAUGAGAUGGUUAGCAUGAAUGAGAUGGCUGAGAUUGUUCUUAGCUUUGAGAACAAGAAGCUCCCCAUCCACCACAUCCCUGGUCCAGAGGGUGUCCGUGGUCGUAACUCAGACAACACACUGAUCAAAGAGAAACUUGGUUGGGCUCCAACAAUGAAAUUGAAGGAUGGGCUGAGAUUUACAUAUUUCUGGAUCAAGGAACAGCUCGAAAAGGAGAAAUCCCAGGGUCUUGAUUUGUCAGCUUAUGGGUCCUCGAAGGUGGUGGGAACCCAAGCCCCUGUUCAGCUUGGCUCCCUUCGUGCUGCCGAUGGCAAGGAGUGAAUUGGUCGAAAGUCGUGUAACAGUCUCUGAGCUAAAUAAAGCCAAGUUUUACUAUAUGAUGUGGCUGCAAUAUAUAUCACUGGCUAUUAUGAAGAUUAUGGAAUGCACCAUGUUUAGGUCUUGAGAUGUUAUUUUGGUUAAGCUAUAUAUAUAUAUAUAUAGUGGUUGUAAGGGAUGCUUCCAUGCUCCCUUUGUAUUUUAUUUAUCUAGCUUCUCAGGGCAAAUCUGCUCUAGGAUUAUGUAAUAUCGAAAUCUAUUGGUUGUUUAAUAUAUUGAUGCAUCUUGAUUUUA